GUUCCCCUUUUUCUGCAGCCCCGAGAGCGGCGGCCGGGCACGACGAGCGCCCACGUUGGCAGCGGCUCCUCCUUCUCCUCUCCUCCGGCCUCCUCCCGCUCCUCGCCGCCAUGCCCGGAGGUCUGCUGCUCGGGGACGAGGUCCCCAACUUCGAGGCGGACACCACGGUCGGACGCAUCCGUUUCCACGAUUUUCUCGGAAACUCUUGGGGCAUUCUCUUCUCCCACCCUCGAGAUUUUACUCCGGUGUGCACAACAGAGCUGGGCCGUGCUGUAAAGCUUGCCCCAGAAUUUGCCAAGAGAGAUGUUAAGAUGAUCGCUCUUUCUAUUGACUCUGUCCAAGACCAUCUAGCCUGGAGUAAGGAUAUCAAUGCUUACAACGGAGAUGAACCCAAAGAGACCCUGCCUUUCCCCAUCAUUGACGAUCACAAACGGGACCUCGCCAUCAUGCUGGGCAUGUUAGACCCAGAUGAACGGGAUUCGCAGGGCAUGCCUGUGACAGCUCGUGCGGUAUUUUUUUUUGGCCCUGAUAAGAAGUUAAAGCUGUCCAUCCUCUACCCAGCAACUACUGGAAGGAACUUUGACGAGAUUCUCCGGGUGAUCGAUUCCCUUCAAUUGACAGCAUACAAGAAGGUUGCUACUCCUGUGGACUGGAAAAAUGGAGAAAGUGUCAUGGUUAUUCCAACUAUUUCUGAAGAUGAGGCUAAGGACCUGUUUCCAAAGGGUGUCUUCACCAAAGAGCUUCCUUCAGGCAAGAAGUACCUACGGUAUACCCCUCAGCCAUAGGUUACCUCCAGCAACCGGAUGCUGGGGCUGGCUGGGGCUCCCUUGAAGAUCUCCACCAGAAGGAAUGCCAGCCUGCCAAUCAUGUCUUCCUACAGCAAUUGAUUUAAACAUCUUGGGGUGAUGAGAGUCAAGAGUCUUGGCACUGCUCUACUAAUGGCUUGUUAAAUGAAAAUGGCACUAGUCACCCGUGAUUCCUCCCCUUGUGCCUUUACCAGCAUUUCAUUUGGGUCAUUGAACUCCUGUGGGGUUCUGCUGGCUAUCUCUGGGACAGCACUGUUUGGGACUUAAAUCCUUGUGAAAUCUGUUGCAAUCUCUGUCAUCAGCCAACCAGUAUUGUUGGCAUUUGAGAAAGGGCUACUUGGAAGCAUCCCCAGAGUAGCACUUCUUUAACUGGCCUAAUAGACAAAUCAUUUCUUUUUCUAAUUAUUCACUUAAGGGAGGAGACAAUUUAGAACAUCUAGUUUUGAGCUUCACGAAACUCCCUAAUUUUAUGACCAACAACUUUAAUAAUAAUAAAGGUGUUUCAAAUUAGUGGGGUUUUUUUCCCCUCAGAUGUUGAGUGUUCCAACUACAGUUAGGAAAAAUGUGGAGAUUUUAACUUUCCAGCAGAUUAUAGGGAAUUAGAUUACAACCUUAAAAUAUUUUAUUAGAUUAGGCAAAAGAAAGAGCUUUCUAAUUAUGUUUACAGGAUGUAGUUGAGACUACAGAGAAGCUGUAUGAUGCCUGCUAGUGAUGUGUAGAAUGGUGAAGGGCCAUAAUUAUCGGUGCCUUUUUAAACAAGUCAUGUAUCUGGACAUGGAAAACUGCUCUUGAAUGUUCAUAAUAAGAUAAAAGCAUGCAUACUAGAGUGAAAGGAAGGGAUGGAGAUACUAUUUCUUUUACUUCAAAAUGUUUCUGCCGUGGAAUAGUUUUCUGUUUAAUGAAUUUUGCCUUUAGGGGAGCCACAAAUAAAAGCUUUUUGAAACUAG